GGCGCUGCGGGCGGCUCCGGGGGCGGCGGCUCCGGGGGCGGAGGCGGCGGACGGGCGAUGAGGAGAUAGAGGCGCGGAGCGGAGCGAGCCCCGGGCCGCCCUCGUAUCGUAUGUUCAGGUCCAAACGCUCAGGGCUGGUGCGGCGGCUUUGGAGGAGCCGCGUUAUCCCGGAGAGGGACGGAGGAGAUGGGAACGGCCAAAGCUCGGAGCGAAACGCGACGGCGGUGACGGCCGAGGGACAGCGCAUGGCACAGCCGCGCCGGGCGCAGGAGGGCGAGGGCCGCCCGGUGCGCUGCUGCCUGUUCGCCGAGCGGCCCGGCCCCGAGCUGCCGCCGCCGCCGCCUCCUCCUCCUCCCGGCGGCGCCUCUCCCCCCGGGCCGGGCGGAGGCGAAGCGCGGUCGCGGUUGGUGCUGCUGGAGCGGGAGCUGAAGGCCGUCACCUACGCGCUGCUGAAGCGGCUGAAGGAGCGCUCCCUGCACAGCCUCCUGCAGGCGGUGGAGUCGCGCGGCGGCACUCCGGGCGGCUGCGUGUUGGUGGCCCGCGGGGAGCUGCGCCUGGGGGGCGGCCAGGCGGCCCCCCCACACCUGCUGCUGGGGAAGCUGUUCCGCUGGCCCGACCUGCAGCACCCCGCCGAGCUGAAGGCCCUCUGCGAAUGUCAGAGCUUCGGGGCGGCCGACGGCCCCACCGUGUGCUGCAAUCCGUACCACUUCAGCCGGCUCUGUGGGCCAGAGUCUCCGCCGCCUCCCUACUCCCGGCUGUCUCCUAACGACGAGCAAAAGCCACUGGAUCUCUCGGAUUCCACGUUGUCAUACACUGAAACGGAGGCGACGAACUCACCCAACGUCACGCCCGGGGAGUUCUCAGACGCCAGCACGUCGCCCGAUGCCGUGAAGAGGAGCCAUUGGUGCAACGUGGCCUACUGGGAGCACCGGACGCGCGUCGGCCGCCUCUACACAGUGUACGAACAGUCUGUCAGUAUAUUUUAUGACCUACCUCAAGGAAACGGCUUCUGCCUCGGACAGCUAAACCUGGAAAACAGGAGCGAGACUGUGAGAAGGACUCGAAGUAAAAUCGGUUACGGGAUUUUACUUAGCAAAGAACCGGACGGUGUGUGGGCUUACAAUCGCAGCGAGCAUCCCAUCUUCGUCAACUCCCCGACACUGGACAUCCCCAACUGUAGGACUUUGAUAGUGCGCAAGGUGAUGCCGGGCUAUUCCAUCAAGGUGUUUGACUACGAGAAGUCCUGCCUCUUGCAGCACACUGCGGAGCUGGAUUAUGCAGACGGGCCCUACGACCCCAACAGCGUGCGGAUCAGCUUUGCCAAGGGCUGGGGGCCGUGUUACUCGAGACAGUUCAUCACGUCUUGCCCGUGUUGGCUGGAGAUCUUGCUCAGUAACAAUCGAUAACAGUCAGCCUCUGACGAAAGGAAAACAAAACAGAAAGACACAGACUAUCCCAAAUAUCAUCUACCUAGAUUUAAUAUAAAGUUUUAUAUAUUAUAUGAAAAUAUAUAUUAUACUUGUAAUUAUGGAGUCAUUUUUACAAUGUAAUUAUUUAUGUAUGGUGCAAUGUGUAUAUGGACAAAAAACAGAAAAUGCACUUUGGCUUAUAUAAUUCUUUCAAUACAGAUUUAAAGAAAAAAAAAUUAUACAGCAAAAAUAGGAGAGAAAAGCCCUAAUUUUGAUGUAUGGUUUUUUUUGAAAUAUUAUUAAUACCCAGACAAAAAGCUAAUACCAGUCACUCAUUGAUAAUAAAGUAUUCGCAUUAUA